CCGGAAAAAAAAGAUGAAGCUUCUCAAAAAACUGGAAAUAUAUUAUCUCAAAUUUUAUCAGAUACAGGAAAUGUUGAUGAUAAUGCUUCAGCUUCAAUAUCUUAUACUGAAACUCGUACUGGCCCUGAUUACGAUAAUAUUUUAACUUCAACACCCCAUACCGAAGGACCAUUCGUGUUGGGUAGAUCAUUAACGCCCAUUGUUGGUAAUAAUUCAACAAGAAAUCUUGAAAAUUCUUCAACUAAACCCGAUGAUGAUUCAAACCGAAGAACUUCCACACCUAUCAGAGCACCCACACCUAUCAGAGCUUCUACACCUAUCACACCUAUGCAAAUUGAUGAUGAACAUUGUAACUUCGAAGAACAUAUGGAGUACCGUGAAGCUUUAGAGAAAUACUUCGCUGAACAUGCCAGUCAUUAUAUUGAAAAUCUUGGAAGAAAUACGUGGAUUUCCCUAUUCGAAUCAAAGUUAUUACCAGAAGAGUUAGCGGAGAAAGAAGAUUCAGAACAAAGUCCAGAGAUUUCGUCUAUAAUCGAAGAAUUGAGCGAUGCUGAUGAUGGUAAUAGUAGUAGUUACGAAGAAUUACUCAAGAGUUUAGAUUCGAAAUUCUCUUGA